GGUCAAUCUCCUCAAACACGUCUGCGCAAUGUUGAGGCGCCGAGUAAUCGCGGACGGGUCGGUGUACUGCGCCGCCAAUGUCCGAAACUGGAGCAGGAUGAAGCCCAUGUACAUCCCCAGGUGCGCUGUCGCAGCGAGAAGCAUCGUGACGGUGAUUGCCAGAAGCGCUUGUCUCGCGAUAUUCCCGCGCAGACCCUUCCGACUGGAGAUAACAGCAGCAACCCGUGAGCGUCGGCGAGCAUGCGGGCCUCGCGCGCGACGUACAUCAGCGUGUAGCUCGACAUGGCCCCCAAUGAAAGAAACAGCCCUUCCGGCGCGUCAGUGCGUCUGCGCGUGUGGCUCAUUCGGCCCGGAUUAGAACACACCAUACGAGCCCGCCGCGGCCCCCACAUUCAAAAAUACGAUCUUCAGCUGGUGGAUGUCCGCGUCGUCGAGCCCUGCAUCGACAUCUCGAGGGGCGAACGUGGAUGGCAUUGGCACCCAGCGGAGUGGAGUGGAGUGGGGAGGUUGCCAACGGGCGUGCGAUGCAGACGACGGCCUUUUAUGUGUCAGAGCCGAACGAGACUUCGCAUCGAAGGUACUUGUGAUCUCGCUAGAUGUCAUGGCCCGCAGUGACGCUGUCUGGGAUUACCGUAAGCGUGACAUAUUCCGGCGAGGGCCAAGUUGCGGGCGAUGUGCCGGCGAGCAGCGCGAUGGCAUGUACGUCCAAGUCAGCGUCCCGCCGGCGGGAAAAAGUUAGAGAGCAAACCGGCAUGCGAGCGGAGAGGGGGCCGCGUCCACCCGGGUGCGGCGCGGCUCACAAACGUGACGCCGCCUAGCACACUCGUGCCUAUCCAGCUCUUGGCAGGCGGCCUGGCGGCUUCAUUUGAUUCAUGCACACAUCUGCACUCGAGUCGACUCUGGAUUGAGCACACAAGUCGCACUAUGAUAUAUAAGACGGAUUCGCCACCACUGUGAUCAUCAAUGGGAAGUUGGAGCAGCGGAGGGCAUUACAGCAACGACUCGCUGUUCUUUUGAUGCAACGAGUUGAAAUCGGCCUUGGGCUAGCCUCGGCCGGUUUCAAAAGCCGAGACCUCUUCUAUGGAGAAGACCCAUGCGAAAUGCGGCCGAGAUGAUAAGGACUUGAAGGCUCGUCAGAGCGGUUCAUUUAGACAAAGCCAAGCGCGCAUGGAG